AUGGUGCUUCCUGAACGCUACUCGCUCACGACCGAGGCGCAGAGCCCGGAACGGCAGCUGCCCGCGCCGAGUCCCAAGUUCCUGCAGUUUAUGCGCUUCGCCUUUGCCAUGCUGAUCUGUCUCAUGGCGCUCGCGACGGCGAUUAUGGCCAUUCUUGCGGUGAACUACUUCCGCACUCACAAGCCGGUCAUCACGCCUUCCUGGGGUAGUUUGAUCUUCUUGAUUGUGAUGGGCUUCCUUACCUCGAUCAUCUACUUUGGCUAUUACAUUUUCCUGCCGCCGCUUCCGUUUAUUCGCCGCGGCUCGUUCCUCAGCUCCUUGUUUAUGAUGAAAAUUGACCUCCUGUUCCAGUUCGGCAUGUGCUCCAUCUGGAUCAGUGGCGCAUUGGCAUACGCGUCCGAUUUCCGUGGCCGCGAAAACUGCAUGUUUGAUGGAUACUAUCACUAUCCCAAGCCCUCCGACUGGAAUCACGCGUGCGACCUCCUGAACUGGACCGUCCCGCUUGCUUACGCAACCUUUGGUCUCGAGGCCGGUCUGCUCGGUUUUGAGCUGCUGUUUACUUCGUACAUCUUCCUGUUCAUUGACCAGGAAGUGCUGAACGAGGUCAACUACGAAUGGGGCCGUCGCGCGUACGAGUUCCAGCACCAGCCGCCAUCGGCGCUUUCCUCGUUCAACAACCCGAUGCAGUACCGCGCGCAGUCGCGCAACAUCAGCGGUGGCAAGCCGGGCGGUGCGCGCCUGUUCGGCAAGGAGGAGCCCGACAUGUACGAGCAGUACAACGAAAAGCGCUACUACGACGAAGACGCGGGCCGCACCGGAUACAAGUCGGGCGGCGGUUUUGCCAACGGAACACCGGAUGGCAUGUCGGAGUACUCGUCAGAGUAUUCGUCGUCGGGCCAGCGCAGCCGCCGCGGCGCAGCCUACAACGACCCCAGCUCUUACUCGGGCUCCGAGACGAGCACCAUGGCCAGUCUGUCGAACUACCACGGUGGCGCGUACUCGCGCCAGAGCGUCAACAGCCGCCGCGCGGGCCUCGCCGAGGCCCCGAUGCCGGCCGGUGCGGGUGGGACCAGCGCGCUGCGCGCCCCGUCGUGGACCGCGCCCAGUAUCACCUCGGACGGCGACACGAUGCGCGACUCGAUCUCGCCGCCGGGAUCACGCACAGGUGUUGCUGGUCAAAACCGCCGCGUCUCGGCCCCGGUGUCGCUUGGCUCGCGCGGCCGCCGUGGCGCUGCGUACGCAGCGAGCGAGGAUGGAUUCGACGACCCCGAUGAGUACAGGACUGCUGUGCCUUCAGAGGGUGUGACGCGCUCGGCCUCUACGCGUGGCGCACGCCCGGUGGGACCGCGUACGAAGCAGAUGCCUCGUCGGCGCAUGAGUGCCGACGAAGAAUCUGGAUGGCACCUUCGUGAAGUUUAA